GUGCUAUCUGGGUCUGGCAUUGCCCGUUGGGACGUUGUGCUUCCUGAUUCGCGUACUGGCCGGCACACGUCGAAUCAACCCGCCAUCCUCGUGUCUGGUUGUUACACUUGAUACCACAAGACUCGGAGCCUCCAUCUAUUCGGCUCGCACGGCCAGCCAGCCAGCCAGCCAGAGCCCUGUACCUAGGGAGACGCACGAGACGCACGAGACGCAGGGAUUGAAUCGUACAAGAUGGCCUCCGACGAUGGUGCAGGGAGACGUUACGUGAACUUCUCGAGACCACAAAGGACGCCGAGUAUCACAAGCGUGACAUCUACGAUCAACAGCCAGGCCAUGAGCGUACAAAGCGUCCUCCCGAAGAUGCAGAGCCGCCAGACUCCCAGUGCGAUGAGCCAUACAACGAGUGUGCGAAGCCAGACGCCGAGCGUGAAGAGCCAAGCGACUACGCGUAGUACGAGAAGCAACGUCUCGACGAUACGCGGCAUGUUUGCACGAUUUUCAGGCUCCUCACAUGUUCGGUCAAUAUCGGAGUCAGAGCAGGAAGAGGUCCUGCCCUACAGACCUGCAAAGACGAAGAUGGUUCAAUACCACGUCACCACCGAUGUUCCCAGCGCGCAGCGACGUCCACAGCCCAAACGCACCUCGAUGAUAGACCAGCGAGAGCGACCACCGGUGAUACCCGAACGUACAACUUCCCUUGAGUCGCAAGGUCACAAAAAGAGCCAGACGUGGUCACAGACCAACACAGAAAAAAACUUUGGGAGCUUCAAUUUCAAUAAUAAUCAUACACUGACCAAGACACCCUGGGAGCUAGACCGAGGAAGUCCGGGGUCGAGGUGGUCAAGGAGCAUGGAUCGGGCGCAGAAUCAGCCGCGAAAGAUGUUUGUGCAACUGCCGAGGGAGAUUUAUCAAUGCGUUUUGGACAACUUAGAAGCUGUGCAUAGCCAGCUGGGGACGGUGGAUGUGCUUGCGUUGCGCCACGAUCUACGCUCAUUAUGUCUGGUCGACAAAAAGUGGCAGCACAUUGCAAGAGAGCACUUGUUCCGCGAGCUCUGGCUACCAACGAACAAGGUUUCUGCAAAGAAGAGGUUCUCCACGCGACAGCCGAAGAGCAGGCUCAAAUUACUGGUUGAUUUGCUGCGCAAGACAUCUGGUUUAGGCUUUUUUGUUCAUCACAUACGCAUCGGGGCCGAGUUGGCGCACGAAUUGGAUGCUGAGGCUUUUGCUCCGUUCAAGAAGGAUUCUGCAUUGGACUCAUUGCAGCUUAUCAUUCGAGACUGCUACAACUUGGAGCAGCUCAGUGGUUUCGUUCUGCCCUUUACAGAAUCUACAACACCGGUUCUGGAGGCUCUUGCGAGCCGCAUCCGGCUCAAAUCUCACGCUUGGAGUCUUGACUCUACUCGAGCACUACCAGGACUAGAGCACUUCAUUUUCUGCCACGAUGAUUGGGUCAAUUUGGAGACUCUGGCAAUAGCUGCAGAUCCUGGUGUCGAUCUUGGCAUUGGCACCAUUUUGGCAGUACUUCACAGACUCCCAUCACUGAAGCACUUUGCAGCCUUUGGGCUCCAUCGCUCGGAUUUCCACAAUACUUCUCUGCUGACGCUCCCGGCCGUCAAGUCCCUACGCCUGGAGUGCUUGUCCGGCCUGACAGACGAGGGCGUGGAACAAAUAGCGUUCUCGCGCCUAGCACCUUCGUUGGAACGUCUCACGCUUGUCGGACUCGAGCUGGUGUCUCUCCGAACAAUCGCCACACUUCUCUCUCAUCUCACACGUCUAAGGCGCUUCGCUCUCUUGCAGGAAGCCUCCCCGGAACUCGCUGAUGACACUAGUAAUAAUAGUAGUGGUGGUAGACCAACCGGUCGCACCCUGACUUUAUCCUCACCAAGCCUCCAACAUCUACACUGGGACUGUCUCAUUCCCGGCUCCGCCCUCUCUUGUCUCGCAGACUCCAUCAAAACCAACAAAUUCCCCCGCCUCCAAUCCGCCAAAGUCCCCAGCGACCAUAACGGCCUCAUCCAACAACUCUGCCGCCCCAUCCCCCGAGAGAAGCUCACAGCGCAAGACCUCGAACAUCUCCACCAACACAACUCUUCUUCCACUUUCGGCCGCCACGAACGCAACCUCCGCGUCAGCCAAAUCCAAGCUCAGCUCCGUAUCCGCGCGACUCGCCAACAACCCUCCUUCGACAUCGUCGUCGAAGACGAACACGAACGGAAAGCCACGCACACUAUCGGCUCCUAUCUCGGGACAAUGGAUUCCAAAAUCGAAUACCAACUCGAGCCCGACGUGGGUCCGAAUGCGUUGGUGGAAUUCGAUGAUAUUGCCCAACCGAUUGAAAUGGGUAUCAAUGGACAUCGGGUGGAGAGGAGGUUGGAAGCGGAUAUGUUAUUUUGAAAACAUAUCAGAUCAGAUUAGAUCAGAUUUGGGGGGUUUAUCUUUUUUUUUCUUUUUCCGGCAGUGUCCCCACGGGGCUGUUCCAGUGUGGGUGUAUACAUAUGUGUAUAUACUAGAUGGUUCGAGAGAUACCCAAAUUCACCUUUGUC